AUGCCAUCUACAUUGCCGUUACCUGAAUGGUGUCCGCCUUACUCUCCCAAGAAGAAGGAACCCGUUACUCAGCAAGAAGUUUACUGUAUCUGUAAGAAACCCGAUGAAGGUGAACUGAUGGUGGGUUGUGAUGGAUGUGAUGACUGGUUCCAUUUCAAAUGUAUGAAGAUACCUGAAGUGUACAGAAGCCUGGUAUUUGCGUUUUUCUGUCCUUACUGUCAAUCUGGUAUCACUGGGAAGAAUAAAGAUAAUUUCAAUGUGGAGUUACCACGGACUCUAUGGAAGAGGAAAUGCAGGCUAAGUAGCUGUUAUGAGCCGUGUGAGGAUAAGAGUAAAUACUGUUCCGAGGCUCACGGUUUAUUAUACAUGCAGAACUUGGUGGCUAACGUUUCGCGAGAUAGUAAUCUCAAGGAAGGAAGCGAAUCUCAGGAUGAUUUAUUGAAACAAAUGGUAUCUUAUUCAAAUGGUGAUGUGGAAUCGUUUAAGAAUAUAGGGAAGGAGUCAUUUAUUGAUGAGGAUCUUACAGUGGAUGCAGAAGUUGUGAAAGAAAUUGUAGAUAAGGAUCAAAAUUUGAAUGAAUUGAGGAGCAAUUUAGAUGAAUGCGAUACUAUAACGCUCCCAAGAUUGAAAGAAAACUUGGAAGUGCUUCAGAAAUAUAUCGAUUGGCUGACCGAAGUGAAUCUCAAGCUUAAUUAUAAUGAGGAAGAACUGAAAGCUAGGGAAGAAACCAUGAAUCUCAAUAAUGGUACAAACAGCAAAAAGAGAAGUAAGAACGGUAACAAAAACACUCGAGUGAAAUCGAAGAAAAACAUAUGUGGAUAUACUGCAGAUAUACAGGAUUUUAACAUUUCUGUAGACGAUUUUAUCGCAGAAUACAAGGGCAACCAAGAAAAGGAAGAACCACUACUACAAGUCUAUAAUAUAUGCGUCAAGGCCAAGUGUAACAAGCAUUCUGACUGGACCUCAAUGAAGGUCGAGCAGGUCAAACAACAGAUGAGAUCUCUGGACACUUAUAGAGAGAGAUUAGAAAUCCUAAUCCGCACAAGAAAACGUCAAUUGCACGUUCAAUCUUAUGAAAAACUCAUAGAAUUGGGCAUCCAACCAUAG